CUUCUUCUUCUUCUGGACUCUUGUUACUGAGCAAAUUCUCUCACUCAUCUCUUUUUGAACAUCCCGCAGAAAACACCGCAAGAAACUGGGAAGUAAAUUGGUGGUUUUGUUUUUGUUUUUUUUGUUUUGUUUUUUUUUAAAAAUAGGAACACACCGCGGAUUCUCGACGAUAAGGUGCAGAGCAGUGAUGUCACAGAACUGAGGACAGUCUCAUGCAAUAUGGAGUUUGGAGAGCGGCUGGCCUCCCCAUCAUCAGCCCCGUCCUCCCUUCACAUGGCCUCCUCUUCAGCUAGCUCCUCCCCUGCUCCACCCCAGACACCCUCCACCAAGUGCAGCAGCCCGUCGCCUAGCCCCGCAGGCAGCUCCCCUCUCACCACCUGUGGCCAUUUGCUCCAGAUAACGGGGGAUGAACGUUUGAGUAUGUCCGGCAAUGGUUUUCCUUUAGUCAGCCAUCCGGCUUUUGGGCUCUACACAUCAAGUUCAGGCCGCUCUGAGUUUGGAGGCCUAGGAAGUCUGGGUUUGUCUGCUUUGGCUGCUCACUCCCAGUUUGGUGCAUUUCCAGACUGGUGGCGGCCAUCUGAAGCACAUGCCAGAGGAGCAGCAGCCUUCUUCCCCCCUCUUCUGGGUCUGCAUCCUGUAUUUGCAUCAACCUUCAAGAGCCACGAUCCCAUUAACUUGCAGUCACGUAACUCAGUUUCUGUAGGCGUAAAUGGAACAGUGAAUGGUAGGAGUGCCUCUUCUCCUACUGGGAAGUCUGCUGUGAACACCAGUUCAUUUCCACCAACGGGAAACACGGAGAAAACUAAAGCUAACAGUAGUCGGACUCUAAAGAGCAGCCAAGACCUGCACCAACUGCACCAGAAGAACAUUCAGAAAACAAUUGAAAAGAAACCCACCAAAAGACCACUAGAGACCUCUAGUGUGAGUGGCAGCCAAUCGGGAUCAUUGUCAGAUAGCUCCAGUGAUGGUGAGGGGAGCAGCACUGACCCUGAUGACAUGGAGGAGGAGGAAGAGGACAAUGAGGAAGAUGAGGAUGAUCGGAGCAAUGACAGUGAGGACACUGAUUCAGAAAAAGACAGUCAACGGAAAUGGAAAGUCAAGCGGCUGACACAGAACACUUCUGAGAGAAAAAAGAAGAGACCUUCCUCGGCCGAUCAAGACAAUCACCAUGACAUUGUUCCUUUGACUUCCGUUUACCGCCUCCAGUCCUCUUCUCAUCCAGCUGGCCUGCCACAGUCCACAGCACUGUUCCUUCAGAGCUCCAGGACCGCAGAGGAGGAAGGCCAGCAGCACAUCAGUGUCAUCCAGGCCACAGGGUUGGCAGCCAGCAACAGUCCUCUAGCACAGUCCCACAGGGAGGCCUCUCCUCUGCCCCCCAGGUCCUCACCCAACCCCAUCUCCUUCUCCAACUCACCAAAGCACCGCUCUCAUUCGUCCUCACCAAAGCAUAGCUCCUCUCCCAAACCUCUUGCUCUCUGUUCCCCUUUGAAGCCCCUGUCUCUGUGCUCCUCACCCAAUCCUCUCUCCCUCUCUUCUUUACCCAAACCACCAUCGCUUUUAGCGUCACAAAAGCCCCAACAUAAACCAAGAUUCUUGAUGCCCUCUCCAAAGCACACACAGCUUGUUGAUGGCAUGAAGGAGAGCAGCGCAAACCUUCCAGAUGCAAGAUUGCUACACUUGAACAGUCUUAAAUUGAAACAGCCCCUCCAUUCCAAGGACUCUGUGAAGCAAGCUUUCUCCCUGCGACCUAAGAGCCAGAACUGGUAUAAAAGUCAAAAAAAUUCAGCACCCUUUAAAUCGUUGCUGACUCCGCAUAAACUUUGGUCAGAUACGUUGAGCAGUCAUUUACUGUCUCUCCCACACAGCAUUGACACCAGCCUGUUGCUGAACCACCACCACCCUAAUGGAGCAAUCCACAACGCAGUUCAGGAUGCCCCCUUGGCCCUCAUCACCAAACCCCGCAGCCAGAGCAGUACCCCUGGUAGAAAGCCCCUCCUGGCAGCCACCAGCCCUCCGUAUCCCAUGCCCAUCAACUUGAGCACUGGCUCCAAGGAGAUGUCGGGCAGCUCCGCUACCCCGCUUAAAUCUUCUGCCUCAUCGGGUCUUGCUCACAGACCGAGCAAGACUAAGAGUCCCAGGUCUCUGCGAGCAGGGAAGAGCCUCUCUAAAACCAACUCAUCCUGUCCACCUGUCGACUUGGUCAGAAGCAGUGAGUCUGAUAUCCACAGCAGCAAGGACUCAGACGACUCUUUAGGAGAUGACUACGAUGACGACGACGAUGAAGAUGAUGAAGAUGAUAUUGAGGAUGACGAUUCUGGCAGUAGCCUUUCAGAGUCGGAGAGUAAUCUGGAGAGCGACUCUGAUGGCUCUGAGGAUGAUAUGAAGGAGCACGGCGAGACAGAAGCUGAUAGCGACACAGAGAGGACUCCUAAAGCGUCUUCUAACAAGUCCACCUCAAACCUCUCAGCCAACUGCUCCCUGCUUAACCUGCAGAUCAUCAAGCCUCCUAGUUUAUCUAAUAGUCUACUGAAUGCCACCACAGGGGCACUGAGUAACCACCGCACCCUAUCACCAUCCUUCACAUUUGCCACACUGCCAGGAUCAGGGAAAAGGAGGAGAGUAACAGAUGAGCGAGUUCUGCGGUUGCCUCUAGAGUUUGGGUGGCAGAGAGAGACCCGAAUCCGGACUGUAGCAGGUCGUCUACAAGGAGAGGUAGCUUACUUUGCUCCAUGUGGGAAGAAGUUGCGUCAGUAUCCUGAUGUAAUGAAGUACUUACUCCGUAAUGGAAUAACUGAAAUCUCACGGGACAACUUCAGCUUCAGCACAAAAAUUAAAGUUGGUGACUUCUAUGAAGCCAGAGAAGGACCGGAGGGUUUACAGUGGUUCUUGCUGGCAGAGGAUGAGAUUGCUCCCAGUAUCAUAGCGAUGGAUGGGAGGCGCAGCCGUUGCACAAAGUCUGAGCACCAGCUGAUAGCUGAUGGCGCUGGGGCCAGACAAUGGAAAUCUCAUCCUCUUAAUAUUGGUGAAAAUAACUUCCAAGAUGCCAAUGAUGCCAAGCUACUACGCAAACUGGAGGCUCAAGAAAUAGCUCGCCAGGCAGCUCAGAUCAAAAUGAUGAGAAAACUCGAGAAGCAGGCCAUGGCUCAAGCAGCCAAAGAGGCCAGGAAGCAACAAGCAAUAAUGGCUGCAGAGGAGAGGCGGAAAAAGAGGGAGCAGAUGAAGAUUCUCAAACAGCAAGAGAAGAUCAAGCGCAUUCAGCAAAUUCGUAUGGAGAAAGAACUCCGUGCACAGCAAAUUCUCGAGGCGAAAAGAAGGAAAAAAGAAGAAGCAGCCAAUGCCAAAAUAUUGGAGGCUGAGAAGCGAAAUAAGGAGAAGGAGAUGCGCAGACUUCAAGCUGUCAUACUGAAGCACCAGGAGUUGGAGAGGCAUAGACUAGAUAUGGUAUGGGAGAGGGAAAGACGCAGGCAGCACAUGAUGCUCAUGAAGGCUGUGGAGGCCCGUAAGAAGGCAGAGGAGAAAGAGCGUCUGAAGAAAGAGAAGAAGGAUGAGAAACGGUUAAACAAGGAGAGGAAACUGGAGCUUAGAAGACUGGAACUGGAAAAAGCAAAGGAGCUUAAGAAGCCAAAUGAAGACAUGUGUUUAGCAGAUCAUAAGCCACUUCCAGAGUUGUCCCGGAUCUCUGGUCUGGUCUUACCAGGAAGUACCUUCUCUGACUGCCUAAUGGUGCUGCAGUUUCUUCGCAGCUUUGGGAAAGUCCUGAAGUUAGACCUAAAUCCCCACAUGCUUAACUUAAGUGACCUUCAAGAGGGGUUGCUCAACAUAGGAGACAGUAUGGGCAAGGUGCAGGACCUGCUGGUGAGCAUGCUCUCUGCAGCUGUGUGUGAUCCUGGAAUACCUGCAGGUCACAAGAAUAAGACCGCCUUGGGGGACCACCUAACUAAUGUGGGGAUCAACCGAGACAAUGUGUCUGAAAUCCUGCAAAUCUACAUGAAGGGUCACUGUGAGCACACAGAGCUGGCUGCUCUGGCCCUCAGUCUGAGGACCAAGGACUUUCAGGCCCACAGCCCUUCACAGAAAGCCUCCAUGCUAGCAUUCCUGGUUAAUGAGCUCUGCUGCAGUAAGGCUGUGAUUAGUGAGAUCGACAAAAACAUAGAUCACAUGACCAACCUGAGGAAGGAUAAGUGGGUUGUCGAGGGGAAGCUUCGCAAACUGAGGAGCAUCCAUGCCAAGAAGACAGGGAAGAGGGACAGCAGUGCAGGAGGAGAGGACAACCACACCUUUGUCAUCCCCACCGCCAGAAACAAAUGCAAGAGGAAAGAAGGAGACAGUGAGGAAGACGAGGAUGAGGAUGAUGACAGUGAAGACCAAGGAGAUGAUGACGAUGAGGAGGAAGAAGAUUUGGUGGGAAAAAAGGGAAAGAAAGCAGAAAUAUGUGAAGAAGAGGAUGACAGUGUACACUCGGCCAGCAUGGAGGAGCUGGAGAAACAAAUAGAGAAAACAUACAAGCAACAGAGUCAGAUCAGACAGAAGUUAUUUGACUCAUCUCAGUCACUGCGCUCCAUGAUAAUUGGACAGGAUCGCUACAAGAGACGUUACUGGGUCCUUCCACAGUGUGGCGGCAUCUUUGUGGAAGGCAUGGAGAGUGGUGAAGGUUUUGAAGAGGUGGAGAGAGAGAAGAAAAGACAGAGGACUGCCCAAGUGAUCAGAGUAAAAGAAGAGCAGCUAGAGGAGACAAUGAAGCCAGUGGUCUCCAGCCCGACACAGAGCACAGAUGGUGAUAUAACCACACCAGAGAGCCAGCAGGACAAAGACAGUCUCAAUCUCUUCCUCCAAAAACCUGGCUCCUUCUCUAAGCUUAGCAAACUGCUUGAAGUGGCCAAAAUGGCUCAAGAUUCAGAUAUCAAUUCUCACAACAGUCAUUCUGCUAAAGUCGCUACCACUGCUUCUUAUCCCACAUAUCCCACCUCUCAGACAGCCACUCCUCAACAGGGACUGAUAGAUAAAACAGAUACUUCAGUACCAUCUCUGCUCAAAAGCAGUCCCUGGAUAACCUGCAGCCCUCAGUCGAUCCUUCACGACGACCAGCUCAAGAUAAUGACAGAAAAGAGCAACCAGUGGUUUAGCCUCUUUCCUCGCUCUCCUUGUGACGAGUCCUCAGUCACCUCUGGCUCAAGCCCUCCAGCCUCCUCCUCUCCUCUGCAGACCAUCAGCACCAAAUCCCCCUCCUCCCUCUCCCCUAAUCCCCUUGCUUCAGCCAGCUCCAGCGCUCCUGCUGGGAUCAAUAACAUGCAUCUGUCUGUCCUUCAGCAAGUAAAGUCUGGCAUUCAUCAGAGCAGAUUGACACUGUGUGACAUGUCCAGCGCAGUGGCAAGUCCCAGCCUGCCCUUCUCUGGUGCUUCUCUACCCCCCAUGCUGGAUCUGGUCUCCCAGCAUGCAGAGGGUAACAGGAACAAGGUCUUCUUCCUGGCAAAUAACAACUAUGCCAACAAGAGUGAGACCCCAGAGCCCUUGAGUGACAAGUCCGCUUGUGGCUCAUCCCCUGCUGCGGAGGUGGCCAAGACCCAGGACUACCCUACUCCUCAGCCUAUCCCCGAGGAGAUGCUGUGUGGCUGGUGGAGAAUGUCAGACAUGGAGGAACUGCACCGUCUGGUCAAUGCCCUCAAUAGCCGAGGCAUCAGAGAGAAGGUCUUGCAGAAACAGAUACAAAAGCAUAUGGAGUACAUGACCCAGCUCUGCACUAACAGCAACGAUGCGAUUGAUGUGGCAGAGUUAGAGAAGCAGGAGGUGAGUGAGGAAACAGUGGAGAGUUGGUGCGUCGAGGAGCAGGCCAUGGAGGUGGACAUUAGCCUGCUGCAGCAGGUCGAGCAUCUGGAAAGGAAAGUCAUCUCUGCCAGCCUCCAGGUCAAGGGCUGGAUGCAUCCUGAGCCCCAGUCAGAGAGGGAGGAUCUGGUCUAUCAUGAGCACAAGCUCUUCUCUUAUUCUGCUCCAGAGAAGAAAGGACAGAGAGAAACCAGCCAGGAGGAACUUCCUGGCUCUGUGGUGCGGCGGCCCAACAAUCCCCUCGAUAUAGCUGUCAUCAGGCUGGCAGAGCUGGAAAGGAACAUCGAGCGAAGCAGUGAGGAGGAAGUGGCUCCGGGGAUGAGGUUGUGGCGUAAAGCCCUCGGUGAUGUCCGCAGCUCAGCUCAGCUGUCACUCUGCCUUCAGCAGCUGCAGAAAUCCAUUGUUUGGGAACGAUCCAUCAUGAAAGUGCACUGCCAGCUCUGUCAAAAGGGGGAUAAUGAAGAGCUGCUCUUACUCUGUGAUGGCUGUGACAAAGGCUGCCACACAUACUGCCAUAAACCCAAGAUCACUACAGUACCUGAUGGCGACUGGUUUUGUCUCACUUGUGUAGCGAAGGAAAGUGGUCAUUCCCCCCGGAGCAGGAGGCAACAGAGCCGAACAGCUGGAGGAGGGAAGAAAGGCAGUGAGGUAAAACGAAAUAGUAAGCCAUCUGCGGUAGGAGAGCUCAUCAAAGAAGAGGCUGCCAGCAGCAACAGCGUGCCAAAGAAAGGUACCAAGGAGUUCAAGAAGAGGAAAGGAGACGACAGCCCACCCGGCUCCCAGGCCAGGCAUGACAGCCCUGCCUCCUGUGCAAAAAAAGCCAAAUCGGCCAAAGACAGCAACACGAAUGGGCUGGCGAUGUGCCGAGUGCUGCUGGCUGAACUGGAAGCCCAUCAGGACGCUUGGCCCUUCCUCACACCGGUCAACCACAAAGCUGUCCCCGGGUACAGGAAAGUCAUCAAGAAGCCCAUGGAUUUCUCCACCAUCAGAGAAAAGCUCACCAACAACCAGUACUCAAAUUUGGAAACUUUCAUCAUUGACGUCAAUCUGGUUUUUGAGAACUGUGAAAGAUUUAACGAAGACGACUCAGAAAUCGGACGAGCCGGCCACAGAAUGAGGAGCUUUUUUGACAAACGAUGGACUGAACUGCUGAAAUAAAAUAAAAAUAAAUUCCAGUGUGGACUUUCUGCGCUACUCUCUACAUAUCAGACUUCAUCUUUAGUGUCUGAGGCCUUCUCUUCACCUGUGACACUAAAUCAAUACACAGUUAUAAUCACACUGAUGUGCAAUGGAUGUGAAAGGACACAUUUUCGUGCAGAGAAAAGACACUUCAUGGAUUAAUAUCUUAAAGUGCAAUAUUGUUUUCUUUAUCAAAAUGCACUGACUCUUGGACUCAAUAUUGUAUUUGGGAAACAAGGAUUUCCACUGUAGAUAGGUCAUUGGCUUUUGUUUUUUUAUCAACAGUACUUCAGCUUAGUGUAUAUGUGUGUAUUUAUUUUCUGAUGUAUUUAUGUUACAGUCAGUCUUUAGUAAGAAAAAGCAGGAAAUGGCACACAGCUUUAAAAAAAAUAAAAUCUAAAUAUUGUUUUAUGAAUUACUGAACAAGCCAAUCAAAACAAAAAAAUUGUUUACAGCUUUUUUGACAAUAGGGUGCCAGCAGUACUACUGUUCAUCAACAUUUCUGGGUUUAAUUGUGUGAAAUACAAAGAGGUAUCACUGUCACUAUUUACAAGUCCUGUUUCUAACAUGUACAGAGUGUACAGUACACAAAGUACAAUCUUGUUAAAAAUAUUACUAAUGCAUAAGGAUGAUUGUAGCACUUCAUAUGUCUCAUACUGUAUUUUGCCUGUGCUGAAUAUCCACUCAAAACACUGCGGUCUCCUCAGUAUUGUAGUGCCUGACCUCUGACCUCUAAACAGCCUGUGGAGGAGUGUGUGUUUUUGUAUUUUCAGUGUGUGUACUGUAUGUGUGUCCUGCACAAAUAUACUGUAGGAAAAACCCCCUCACACAAAAUGUAAAACUCUUUAGAGCUUUUCUUCUGAAAAGAAUUGAUGUGGUGCAUAUAGUGUGUUUCAUCUCCAAGCAUUUCCUUCAGCCAGAGUCUUGUCAGACAUCCCGUGGACAGACGUGAAACCUGCACUGGGUUUUAAUCCAGCUGGGAAUCAGACUGUGUCAUGGUCCACCAGCGGCGUCUCAAGACAGCUGAAGUCAGAAGACUUGAAGUAACUGUAUUUUAUUAUGAAUAUUGUGAAAUGAGUAGCAACUUUUGUGGGAAUAUUAUUUUUGAAUAGUGGGUGUGUGGCACAGAUAAAAUAAACCUGUUUUUUUUUUUUCAAAAUAA